AUGUACACGAACGCAUUGCUGUGCUUCUUUGCGGCCGCGGGCAUCAGGCAAGGCGGCGAUGGAUUCCAGCCCACAGAGUUAUUUACGGCAACGGUGGCGGCGAUGCUGUGGAUCUUACGAUUGGCUCUCCUGGAGGACUCUUCCCAAGAUAUGCGGCUGGAUGUUGAAGACAUUCCGGUGGAGAAGAUGGAGUGGUUCGCGGAGCAGCACGCCCAGUGGCUGUGCAUCGACCGAUCCACAGUGGUCGGGACCAUGAUCAGGUGGAUGGCGUAUGGCAAGGGCACGUCGAAACAAGACUCUGGCCACACACAGCGUACGGUGGACGGAUGA